CCCGUCCCCGUUGAAGAACAAUCAUCGCCAUGGGAAAGAGGCAAAGCCAAAUCCUUGAAGUGAAGAGUCGGUUUAAAUAGGAAACAUCACCGGCGCAGUGUGCGUGAUUAACAAACGUGGACUAUGGAGAAGUUAACAGCUCAAUCCUAGGAUAAUUUCAAGACAGGGAGAAAAGUGCUGCUCAGAUCCAUCGGUAUGGUUGACGAAUCUCAGCAAGGAAAGUAAGCACACUCCUCAGUAUGGCCCUAUUGGAGAAUGAGACCUCAAUUCCCUCCGGCUACAUCCUGCACUACCGUCUCCGAGGGGAUCCCUUUGCCUCUAAGCUGUCCAAGGAGGCAGACAUAGUGGCUGCGUUCUACAUCCUCAUCAUCGGUAUCUUGUCAACCACUGGAAAUGGCUAUGUCAUAUACAUGACAGCCAAACGGAAGAGCAAGUUAAAGCCGCCAGAACUCAUGACGCUGAAUCUAGCUAUAUUCGACUUUGGCAUAUCAGUUACUGGAAAGCCAUUCUUUGUGAUGUCUUGUUUUGCCCAUCGCUGGCUCUUUGGCUGGGAGGGUUGCUGGUUCUAUGGCUGGGCUGGCUUUUUCUUUGGAUGUGGCAGUCUCAUUACUAUGACAAUCGUUAGCUUAGACCGCUACCUGAAAAUCUGUCACUUAAGAUAUGGUACAUGGCUCAAACGGCACCAUGCUCUUCUCUGUGUGGUUUUCAUUUGGUUCUAUGCUGCUUUCUGGGCCACUAUGCCACUUGUGGGCUGGGGUAGCUAUGCACCUGAGCCGUUUGGCACCUCCUGCACACUGGACUGGUGGCUGGCCCAGGCCUCAGUGGCUGGCCAGAGCUUUGUUAUGUCCAUCCUCUUCUUCUGCCUUGUCCUCCCCACCGGUGUUAUUGUCUUCUCCUAUGUCAUGAUUAUCUUUAAGGUGAAGUCCUCAGCCAAAGAAGUCUCUCAUUUCGACACACGGAAUAAGAACAACCACAACCUAGAGAUGAAGUUGACUAAGGUGGCGAUGUUGAUCUGUGCGGGGUUUUUAAUAGCUUGGAUCCCUUAUGCUGUAGUCUCGGUGGUGUCUGCUUUUGGGGAGCCUGAUUCAGUGCCUAUUCCAGUCUCUGUUGUACCGACUUUGCUGGCCAAGUCUUCUGCCAUGUACAAUCCAAUCAUAUAUCAAGUCAUUGAUUGUAAGAAGAACUGUGCAAAAUCUUUCUGCUUUCAAGCUUGGAUUAAAAGGAAACAUUACAAAACAUCACGGUUCUUUUCCAUCUCUGCCUCCCUGAAAGAGAGACCAGCCAAUGAAGUUCAAAUUGAGAUAUGAACAAAUGGCAAGAACUCACAAUGGGCUUGUAAUUGAACACUGGGCACUUUCCUAAUUAUUGUGCAAUUUAGACAUCAAUAAUUCACCCUUGCCUAACUUUGCUGGUGUAUUGUACUGCUGUCCACAUCACAAACUUUUUGAAACCAUCUUCUUUUAAUUUCACCAGUGUGUGUAUAUAAGAAUUAAGUGGUAAAGAUAAUAUGUAUUUUUAUAUUUUUUAUGUUAAUUGUUUUUUUUAUAUUUCUGUACCUGUGACAUACCUACAGACCCAAACUUUGCACAUCUGUAUUGUCCCUAAAGCACUGUUUAUAUGCACAGUACAACAGCGUUUGAUAGCUAAUGUGAUGUCACAUUUUAACAAAUACUAGUCUGUGUCCAGUAUAUUUUUUCUCAUUUAGGUUUUGGACACUGAGUGAACAUAAAUGAAACUGGUCACGUACAAUGAUAUCACACACAUCUACACAAUAGCAGCAAUUGGCAUGGUCACAUAUAAACACCAAAUAUAGUUAGAUAAAAACAACAUAAGUCAGAAGUUUACAUACACCUUAGCCAAAUACAUUUCAACUCAGUUUUUCACAAUUCCUGACAUUUAAUGGUAGAAAACAUUCCCUGUCUUAGGUGAGUUAGGAUCACUACUUUAUUUUAAGAAUGUGAAAUGUCAGAAUAAUAGCAGAGAGAAUGAUUUAUUUCAGCUUUCAUCACAUUCCCAGUGGGUCAGAAGUUUACAUACACUUUGUUAGUAUUUGGUAGCAUUGCCUUUAAAUUGUUUAACUUGGGUCAAACAUUUUGAGUAGCCUUCCACAAGCUUACAGUUAGUUGCUGGAAUUUUGGCCCAUUCCUCCAGAAAGAACUGGUGAAACUGAGUCAGGUUUGUAGGCCUCCUUGCUCGCACAUGCUUUUUCAGUUCUGCCCACACAUUUUCUAUCAGAUUGAGAGGUAUGCUUGGGGUCAUUGUCUGUUUGGAAGACCCAUUUGUGACCGAGCUUUAACUUCCUGGCUGAUGUCUUGAGAUGUUGCUUCAAUAUAUCCACUUAAUUUUCCUUCCUCGUGAUGUCAUCUAUUUUGUGAAGUGUACCAGUCCCUCCUGCAGCAAAGCACCUCCACAACAUGAUACUGCCACCCCUAGGCUUCACAGUUGGGAUGGUGUUCUUCGGCUUGCAAGCCUCACCCUUUUUCCUCCAAAUAUAACAGUGGUCAUUAUGGCCAAACAGUUCAAUUUUUGAUUCAUUAAACCAGAGGAUAUUUCUCCAAAAAGUAAGAUCUUUUUCCCCAUGUGCACUUGCAAACUGUAGUCUGGUUUUUUUUAUGGCAGAUUUGGAGCAGUGGCUUCUUCCUUGCUGAGCAGCCUUUCAGGUUAUGUUUUACUGUGGAUAUAGAUAUUUGUCUACCUGUUUCCUCCAACAUCUUCACAAGGUCCUUUGGUGUUGUUCUGUGAUUGAUUUGCACUUUUUGCACCAAAUUACGUUAAUCUCUAGGAGACCGAAUGCAUCUUCUUCCUGAAAGGUAUGAUGGCUGCGUGGUACCAUGGUGUUUAUACUUGCGUACCAUUGUUUCUACAGAUGAACGUGGUACCUUUGGAAAUUGCUCCCAAGGAUGAACCAGACUUGUGGAGGUCCACAAUUUUUUUUCGGAGGUCUUGGCUGAUUUCUUUUGAUUUUCCCAUGAUGUCAAGCAAAGAGGCACUGAGUUUGAAGCUAGGCAUUAAAAUACAUCCACACGUACACCUCCAAUUCAGUACACCUCAUGUCAGAAGCUAAUUGUCUAAAGUCUUGACAUCAGUUUCUGGAAUUUUCCAAGCUGCUUAAAGGCACAGUUAACUUAGUGUAUGUAAAAUUCUGUCCCAUUGGAAUUGUGAUAUAGUCAAUUAAAAGUGAAACAAUCUGUCUGUAAACUAUUGUUGGUAUAAUUACUCGUGCCAUGCACAAAGCAGAUGUUCUAAAUGACUUGCCAGGACUAUAGUUUGCUAAUAUUAAAUCUGUGGAGUGGUUAAAAAUGAGUUUUAAUGACUUAAACCUAAGUGUAUGUAAACUUCUGACUUCAGUUGUAAGUGGUAACUACCGUCAUGGCUACUUUCAUAACCUCCUUUCCCUGAUGGAGAGAACGAGACGUUGUGUCAAUGUAGUGAUACUAGGGGUCACUCUUGGGAGCCCCAAACAACUCAAACAAGUGGAAUUUGCAUGCCACUCCCCCGGAUAUAUGGGUAUAAAAGGAGCUGGUAUGCAACCACUCAUUCAGGUUUUGUGCUGAGGAGCCGAGACCAGGUCCCAGACAUUUCAGCGGGUAGUUCAGCGUUGUGGCAAGAGGGACACAACAUUUCGUUCCCUCCAUCAGGGAACGGAGGUUACGAAAGUAACCAUGAUGUUCCCUAUCUGUCACUCACUCGACGUUGUGUCGAUGUAGUGACACUAGGGGUCCCUAUACAGAACACCACAACUAUCUAAACUGUGUUACGUGAACUGGCGGUGCGUGAUGGCCAGACCGCUGUGUGCCUCGUAGCCAGCGCACCAGGCCGUCAUGUAACCUCCCCCAAUGCUCUUAUGAGUGUCGACCGGUCCUUCAGGAACAAGUCGGCUGCCCAACAAUAGGGAAAGGCUAGCCCAGCCGAGGCCUCUUUUCCUCUUUUUCUCCCCAAAGAGAGUGGAAUUUGUUAACCGACUGGGAGCCAUAAGUGUCUACAUCGGGGGGUGUCCCUCCCAAGGGGAAGACACCACGGAGACCACACCCCACCCAAAAAGGGGGGGGUAUUUUGAGUGGAAUACGUCACAUGGUCUUACCGAGUCUUGUUGGAAGUAUGUCAUGUGGAGAGUUCCCAUGGUAGGUCUUACACGAAGGGGAGGAGUUUCUACAAAGCAUGGCAGCCGGGGGCAGAGGGGCCUCUGCCCAAGGAAGACGCAGUUUACCGACAGGGAAACGAUUUUGCGGAAGAUAUCACAUGGUGUCGCCUUUGGGGAACCAGCACAUGUGGAGCACUUACCUCAGUACAGGGCCUCAUUAGCACACGUACUGGGCCGGCAGUGAGUUUCUCUGCAAACUCAACUGCCAGAGGCGCCACUGGCUAGGGCCCAGGAGGCCGCCACACUCCUGGUAGAGUGGGCUCGUAACCCUGCAGGGGGUGGCACAUCCUGAGCCUGAUAUGCCAUCCCGUCCAGGGGCCAGACGUGGAAAUUCCAGAGGUCUGGUCGUGGGUGCCAGAUGGCGCCCCAUCCCUGAGAAACA